UUAAUUUGCACUGUGAGCUAGUAUUAUACAUCACGAUAACGAUUAAUUCGACUAUCCAUAAAUAGAAGUUUAUAUUUUGCAAAUCAAACCCUAGACAAGCAGUUCAUUCACAGUAUAUUUACAAAUACUCCCGAGGAAAAAAUGGCCAAGCUAAAAUUUUUUUUUAUUUUGAUCAUUGGAGAUUUCAUCAAACAUGUGAUGUUGUACAAUCCAAUGUUAACAUAUACGUUACGUUUUAAAAAAGCUAUUGUACAACCGAGCAUUUAUGGAAAUUUAACCAUCGACCAAUACAAAGAAACACAAUUUAUAAAUGGAAAUAUUACAGUGCCCUCGACAUUUUCAAUCACCUCAGUUGUCGGCCUAUUCUAUCGUUGUGAUUCUGAUGGCAUUAACUGUGAAUACUUUCAAACGUGGAAAAUGACUGACCUCUGCUCUAAAAUGAAAGAAAAGAACCAAGUAUGGUCCCGUUGGUACGGUUCGUUUCAUCCACCAUUAGUUUGUCCAUUCAAUAAAGUUCAUUACCAAAUAAGAAAUGGAACUUUUGAUAUUGGCUUAGCAAUACUUUUGUAUCCCCAAGUAACUGAUUACCAAUGGAGAAUAAUUCAAAAGUUCUACGAUAAUGAUACACAUCUCAGUAAUAUGGUCCUGGAAUUAUCAUUUUUUGGCUACAGAAAAAAAAUCAAGACUGUUCAAAAACCUUAACAUGUUAUUUACUCAAUUACACUUCAAUUUAAUGUAAACAAAUUUGUACUAUUCAUUCAUUAUCCACUAUUUAAAAAGUGCGUGAUGCGAUUACGCGCGGGAGAAAUGAAACUUCUUUGUAGAGGGUUUGAAAAAAAAAAUAGUCAUGACACACGUUUUUAUGGUUUGUUUUGUAUAAAAAAUAAAAUAUAUCAGAAAGAAUGCAAAAAAGAUGGUUUCCCCGACAGGAAUAGAACCUGCAACUGUCAUCGGAGCGUUUCACCUUAGCUUAACGGUCACGCCCU